ACACCCCGACUCCCCGGGAACGGGCGGCGGGCGGCGCGGGCGCAGGCGGGCGCGGAGCGGGUGGCGGUGACAGGCGGCGCGAGCCGGCAUCCCCCUCCCCCGCGCGGCGCGCCGCCGGUGCCACCAUGGAGCCCGCCGUGUCGCUGGCUGUGUGCGCGCUGCUCUUCCUGCUCUGGGUCCGCGUGAAGGGGCUGGAGUUCGUGCUCAUCCACCAGCGCUGGGUGUUCGUGUGCCUCUUCCUCCUGCCGCUCUCGCUUAUCUUCGACAUCUACUACUACGUGCGCGCCUGGGUGGUGUUUAAGCUCAGCAGCGCGCCUCGGCUGCACGGGCAGCGCGUGCGGGACAUCCAGAAGCAGGUGCGGGAAUGGAAGGAGCAGGGCAGCAAGACCUUCAUGUGCACGGGACGCCCUGGCUGGCUCACAGUCUCGCUGCGGGUUGGGAAGUACAAGAAGACACACAAAAACAUCAUGAUCAACCUGAUGGACAUUCUGGAGGUGGACACCAAGAAACAGAUUGUCCGUGUGGAGCCCUUGGUGACCAUGGGUCAGGUGACUGCCCUGCUGACCUCCAUUGGCUGGACACUGCCCGUGUUGCCCGAGCUCGAUGACCUCACAGUGGGGGGCUUGAUCAUGGGCACAGGCAUCGAGUCAUCAUCCCACAAAUACGGCCUGUUCCAACACAUCUGCACGGCCUAUGAGCUGGUCCUGGCUGAUGGAAGCUUUGUGCGAUGCACACCGUCAGAGAACUCGGACCUGUUCUACGCCGUGCCGUGGUCCUGUGGGACCCUGGGCUUCCUGGUGGCCGCCGAGAUCCGCAUCAUCCCCGCCAAGAAGUAUGUCAGGCUGCGGUUUGAGCCGGUGCGGGGCCUGGAGGCUAUCUGCGACAAGUUCACCCAGGAAUCCCAGCGGCAGGAGAAUCACUUCGUGGAAGGGCUGCUCUACUCCCUGGAUGAGGCUGUCAUCAUGACCGGGGUCAUGACAGACGAGGCAGAGCCCAGCAAGCUGAACAGCAUUGGCAACUACUACAAGCCCUGGUUCUUCAAGCACGUGGAGAACUACCUGAAGACGAACCGGGAGGGCCUGGAGUACAUUCCCUUGAGACACUACUACCACCGCCACACGCGCAGCAUCUUCUGGGAGCUCCAGGACAUCAUCCCCUUUGGCAACAACCCCGUCUUCCGCUACCUCUUUGGAUGGAUGGUGCCUCCCAAGAUCUCGCUCCUGAAGCUGACCCAAGGCGAGACCCUGCGCAAGCUAUACGAGCAGCACCACGUGGUGCAGGACAUGCUGGUGCCCAUGAAAUGCCUGUCGCAGGCAGUGCACACCUUCCACAGUGACAUCCACGUCUAUCCCAUCUGGCUGUGCCCGUUCAUCCUGCCCAGCCAGCCGGGCCUGGUGCACCCCAAGGGAGACGAGGCCGAGCUCUAUGUUGACAUUGGAGCCUACGGGGAACCACGUGUGAAGCACUUUGAAGCCAGGUCCUGCAUGCGGCAGUUAGAGAAGUUCGUCCGAAGUGUGCAUGGGUUCCAGAUGCUGUAUGCCGACUGCUACAUGAGCCGGGAGGAGUUCUGGGAGAUGUUCGACGGCUCCCUCUACCACAGGCUGCGGGAGCGCCUCGGCUGCCAGGACGCCUUCCCCGAGGUGUACGACAAGAUCUGCAAGGCCGCCAGGCACUGAGCAGGGGCCCGCCCGGAAAUAGACAGACAUGUUGGGGGGCCCUGUCCCCAGGUCCAGGAGGCCUCUUCUCUUCACUCAAGCUUGGCCACUCUCCCAGAUCCAUGCUUCCAGAAAGAACCCCUUCCAGAAAUCCCGCCCGGACCGCCCCGAUGGCUAGCUCCAGCUCCCAGGGGCAGCCGAGUGGAGGGCAAAGGACGUGGGCUCUCGAGUCAGAUGUUGCUAAGUCCGGUUUCCGCUUCAGCCCUGUGAGCUGUGUGACUCUGGCCGGGUCACCCAGCCCCUCCGAAUCCAGCUGCCCAUCUGUUGAAACGGGGUCACAGUGCCUGCCUGCCGGCCGGCCGUGAACAUCCAGGACUGGUGGCCGUCUCACCGGGGACCCUGAGGAUUCCACUGUGCCAGCUGUGGCCUCCUACUCAGCACCAUGUCUGCCUGGCGAGCUGUGGGUUCAGCGUCAAGUCCAGGAGAGCCCCGUAUGAGGUCACCUGGGCCCAGAUUUGGUUGGCAGGGUGAAUGGGACGGUCCAGAGUCGCCCCGCUGUUGCUUCAGCCGGUCAGGAGCAGCCCUCACAGAGAGAAGGAAGGAAGGUGCCUCUCUCUCUCCCCCGGGUCUCCAGAGGGCAACAGACAGGGCGGGCAGGCCCACAGUGUGCUGUGCCAAAGCCAGGUCCCUGUCCAAAGUUCGCUCUGCCGUCCUUGGUGACACCCUGCCCCUUCUCUUUCCGGCUCAGGCUUGCACACCCACCCCAGCCGUCACCCACGUCUCAGAGAGGACCAUGUCCUCGGAGAAGACGUUUCAGGGCUGGCUCCCGUCCCAGCCCAGGUGGAGUGGCUCCUGCUCUGAACUGGGGCCGGAGCACCUGCACGUUGGCUCCCCAACCCUCCGUGCCUCUUCCAGUCCCCAGAGCCUGCCUAGUUACGGGGGCGAGGGGGGUGCCUCUACGCUGCUCUGCGGCAUGCAGUGGGGGGUGGCGGGUGGACCCCACCAAGCAAGUAGAUGGAGACUUGGUGCAGAUUCUCACUGUGGGGCCCAGAGAAAAGACCAGCAGCUUGAUUUCUCCAACCACUCCUCCCUUGGUUCUCCCCCGCCCUCAGCUGUAGUUAAUUUCAGUGCCUUACAAAUCCUAAGCUCAGAGAAAAUUAGCCCCGUUUCCCUUCUAGAAGGAAGGGAGUCUCCCUAGGUCCUCCCCGACUUAUGAAAGCCUGUUUGGUUCUGCGAGUCCAUCUGAAGAACAGCCCGGCCUCCGCGGAGGACCCAGCACCUGAGAAGUUCAAGUAGGGAGCGAGGAUGGAGUGAACUCUGCCAGGCAGGACAUGCUGAGAGAGAGAGCACGCGUGAGCUGUGCACGGGGAGGCUCUGUCCCCGCUGUCUUGUCAGCAGGCCGGGCGACCGUGGGCGAGUCAUCUCCGAGCUGCAGCCCCUCACCCACCCUCCACGUGGACAUGGGGGUUGUGUCUCACGUGAGGUCCGUCCUUCAGCCCAAGGCCAGCUCUCCCAGCACUCUGGGAGAAGCGCACCUGUGGCUCUCAGGAAAGGGUCCGUCCUGUCACUGCCGGUUGCCAGAAUCCCGAUGGAGCCAGGCUCUCCCCGACGGUGCUUGGCCAUACCCCCGUGGGCCCAGCACCCUGCCAGGCGUCCCUGUGUGGUCCUGUGAGUGCUGGGCACAUUCGUGGCACUCAGAAGGCAAAGGAACCCCCCUCCCUCCUCCCCUUACCCAUUUGGCCUCUGGAGGGGGCAUGAGAAAAACAAAUAAGAAACCUCAUUCUCCAGCUUGUCUGCAGAGCGCGUGAAUUCUGGCCUUUGCCCUCCUGGUGGGCUCCUGCGCUUCUCACUCGACGCUAAACUGAUGAUCCUGCUUCUUGUGGAGGAAUGGUUAGCCCGAGCAGAGGGGCCCAGCCCGGAAGGCCCUGGCUUUCUGCCAGAGGGCCCCCUCCUUAAGCCACUGGGAGGGUAGCCAGAGCUGCUAACAGCCUCUAUCGCCCUUAGUCCUAGAAAAACCAAAAUCCUGCCCUUCACAGACCUCCCCCGGAAACUGGGGCUUGGAAGGGAAGGUCUCGGGAUCACAGCAGCCUCAGGUUUAUGUUCUGUUCCCGUCAUCAGGUUCCCCGAUGGGCCGACACCCAAGCAUGGUGGGCCACACGACAGACUUCGUCCUGUAGCCGGCCCUAUCCCUGUCCAUCCAUGCGGUGGUUUCAUGGGGAGUGACCCUUGGCUCCAGGGUGAGUGUGUGUGCGAAGUAAAGGAAUAGGCCUUUCCCCUCCAGAGCCCCGAGUUCCUCUGGCUGCACGCGGGUUUUCUG